UACACAAACUGAUCACACUGAGCUCAGUUAAGCAGCAUCAGAGGUGCGCUGGAGAAGCUUCACCUUCCACAGAGGGAAGUGAAAACGAUCGUUUGCGUGAUAUUUUGAACUCGAGCGUGCUUUCAUCACCUCAUCUCACCAAGUGCCAUCAGAUAUUUCUAACUUUCAGUCGCAUUUAUCGGAAAUCUACUUUCUACAUCAAGGGAGCAAGCCACCACUUCAUCUCCGGCGCCAUAAUGUUGCUGGCAUCAUCUCGGCCCCUCGAGGAGUUCGUGGGAAAAAGUGUGUGAGGGGACGGCGCUGAGGGGAGAGGAGAGCAGAGGACCACCAGAGAAUGGAGGCAGCUGCGCGUGGAGUCCGGAGACAUGACGGCCUUGUCUGAAGCCCAGUAAAGUUCAGUUUGAGCUGGGCAGGUGUGAGGGAGUUGCCACAGCCUCUCUGGGAUGUUUCUGAAAGUGCCGGAGGCGAGGAGGCUGAGCUCAGCGGCUGUCGGGCUGCAGCUAUGGUCGUUGAGGUGAGGUUUCCUCCCUCCUCAUCAGUGACCUCGCCCUUUGUCUCACCAUGCAGGACGUCUCUGCUGCGUUCGUCUUCUACAUCAUCCUGGAGCUGCUGAUCGCCGCGUUCUCCGUGGUGGGUAACGUGCUGGUCUGCUGGGCCGUGUGCCUCAACAGCAACCUGCAGAGCAUCACCAACUUCUUCGUGGUGUCGCUGGCGGUGGCCGACAUCGCUGUGGGCGUCCUGGCCAUUCCCUUCUCCAUCGUCAUCAGCACCGGCUUCUGCUCCAACUUCUAUGGCUGCCUGUUCAUCGCCUGCUUCGUGGUGAUCCUCACCCAGAGCUCCAUCUUCAGCCUGCUGGCCAUCGCUAUAGACCGCUACAUUGCAAUCAAGAUACCGCUCAGGUACAACAGCUUGGUGACAGGCCAGCGUGCACAAGGUAUCAUCGCCAUCUGCUGGGUCUUAUCCAUCAUCAUCGGUCUGACCCCCAUGAUGGGCUGGCACAAGCAGGACAAGAGCGGUAACAGCACCUGCUCGCCCGGCCUGAUGAAGUGCCUGUUUGAGGCGGUGGUAGACAUGGAGUACAUGGUCUACUUUAACUUUUUCGCCUGUGUACUGAUUCCCCUGCUGCUGAUGCUGGCCAUCUACCUGUGUAUCUUCAUGGCCGCCCGCCACCAGCUCAAGCUGAUGGAUGUGAAGGCGAUUCACGGAGAGAAGUCGCGCUCCACGCUGCAGAAGGAGAUCCAGGCUGCCAAGUCUCUGGCCAUCAUCGUCGGGCUGUUUGCGGUUUGCUGGCUGCCUUUGCACAUCAUCAACUGCUUCACCCUCUUCUGUCCUCAGUGUGAGCGGCCUCCGUCCUGGAUCAUGUACGUGGCCAUAAUUCUCUCCCACGGCAACUCCGUGGUCAACCCCUUCAUCUAUGCCUACCGCAUUCGGGAGUUCCGGCAAACCUUCCGGAAGAUUAUCCGGCGCUACAUCCUGAGCCGGCAGGAACUGGCUGAGAGUAGCAGCAGUAUGCGCAACUCCACUUACAACAGCGUCACCGACUCCAUCAGACUGACAACAAACGGCCUCAGCUUUGACCUUUUCACUGAACACAGCAGCAGUAGCUGUGAAAGCUCCUACCACUGCCCUACUCGCAUCUCUCCUGUAGGGGGCGGUCUGGUGGCAGUAUCCCACCCCCCCCUGUCAGUCGUCAUCUCCCACUGUCCGAAGAUGGGCCCUUGUCCACUGCAAGCCCUCACGCAGACUCAGAUCCCCAUAGAUCAUCAUCUACAGUAUGGGGAGCAGCAGCACGACUGCGCUGACGCAGACGCCGUGGAGGAUCAGGACAAACAGGAGCUUGGCUCUGCCCAGGUCACAUCACUUUUCAACAAGCCCAACAGAAAAAGUUGCUUCAGUGAGCUGGCCAUGAUGUCUUGACAUACGUAUGCACAGGAGGGACCGGUCACUACCAUCCAGCAGCUGUGCAGUAGAACGUCAAUGUCGCCUCAGCAGCAACUGUCGAAGGAUAAGUCCACAAUGGAGACGGGUGCACUGUAAACAGAACAUGGACCGCUAACGUCGCUGGGAUAACUUCAGUCUCCUCGCCAUGAGAAACUGCCUCUACUACUUUGUGACAUUUGAAUUCAAACCAGCCUAAAAGGCUAAAAGCACUGCUAGUGAGCCAAAGCUGCUUCUUAAUACCCCACAAAACCAAGAGCGGUUUAAACUGACUGAACGACUGUUGCUUCUGUCUUUAAGGUGCAGACCAUCAAAGAAUGGCUCUGCCUUCAUUUCAGUCAAGAAGAGCACUACGUGCUUUCGCUUUGUCUUUCCAAAUAGAGUUCAAUACAAGUGCACUUUGACCAGUGAAACGCAGAGAGGAGGCACAGGAUGGACCUCUUGCUCUCUGAAAACAUCGAGAAUGGAAACAGCAUUGAUUGUUGCCUUUACUGUUUGACUGCAGGUUGAAAUCAUACACCGCAGCGUGUGAGGAAAUGUCAUCCUGCCACUGACGGGCUGAAUGGGCCUUUGGCUGAAGACAAAAACUUAUCAAACUUAUUAUUAAAUUAUAUAUGCAGUUUUCAUGUUUUCAGGGAUAUGGACAUAAAUGCACUCUGAUGGAUUUCACUGUAUAUGGAUCAUGGACAGAGGAUCAUAUCUUAAACAGUAGUGAACCAUCAUUUGGACCACUUUGAGACUCACCCCAUCCUGUGGACCUGCCGGGUGCACAGACCACGCCACCAUCCUACUCAGCCAAGUUCUCGCUCAUUUGCAGAGAGUUAAACAUUAUUUACCUGUUCCUUUCUCUCGAAUUGUAGUUCAGCUUUACAGAGGAGAUUUUCAUGCCUUCUGAUUUCAUGAUUGCGAGCUGUGAGCCCCAUGCUGUCUCUGAUCGGACCAAAAAACAUGAACAGCACUGUAAUGUUUCAUAUUUUAAAAAGCAGAGACCCCAAAGCAGGUGAUGUGAUGCUGACAUGUAACCUUGUGCCCUUGUUUGCUCAGUGUGACAGUGUGACUUGACUGUAUGCUUAUUUAAGUUUUAUUGCUGUAAACGGUGACUUCUGAGAUAGUUUGCUAACUGAUGGGAAAUGUUUUGAAGAGGAUUGUGAUUGAUCACGCUUAAAUCAAGCUCGUGGAAGAAAGCUCUGUUUUUCCUGAUGAGUUGAUCCUCGGUCCAGGGCAGCUGUUGCCUUGCACAGAUUCUUUUCUUUGAAUAAAUCUUUUUACAUUU